AUGGCAGAGGAGCGGGUUAUUCGCGUUGGGACGAGAAAAAGUCAACUUGCCCUCAUUCAGACUAACGCUGUCAUAAGAAUGUUAAAGACCUUGGAUCCAACUCUAAGAUUUGAAACAGUACCAAUGACUACAGUUGGUGAUCGUAUUUUGGAUUCAGCUUUGUCAAAAAUUGGAGAGAAGUCAUUAUUUACCAAGGAAUUAGAGAGUGCCUUGUUGAAGAAGCAGGUGGAUUUUGUUGUGCAUUCCCUCAAGGACCUGCCCACUGUGCUACCUGAGGGUUUAGUCAUUGGAUGCGUUUGCAAAAGGGACAGCCCAUAUGAUGCUGUGGUUAUACAUCCAAAGCACCAGAGGAAAAUGUUAAAGGACCUACCUCCAGGAAGUGUUAUAGGUACCAGUUCUGUCCGUCGAGCUGCUCAGAUCAAACGAAUGUACCCACAAUACAAGAUUGAGAAUAUUCGGGGAAAUUUAAACACCAGACUGAAAAAACUCUCAGAGCAAGAUGUCUAUGAUGCAAUCAUCCUUGCCGUGGCUGGGCUGGAACGGAUGGGCUGGCAUGAUUUCAUUUCAGAGGUUUUAAUCUCUGGGGAAUGCAUGUAUGCUGUGUGCCAAGGAGCAAUGGCUGUAGAGUGUUUGGCUAGUGAUGAGGUCACCCUACAGCUGCUUCACAGAAUCCAUGAUCAUCACUCUACAGUGGCGUGUGUGGCAGAGAGGGCUUUCCUGAGGAAGUUGGAAGGAGGAUGUAGUGUUCCUGUGUCAGUUUUCACAGAAAUCUCUGGAAGUCAGCUUGCUAUACGAGGUGGUGUCUUCAGCACUGAUGGCAACCAAGCAAUUCAGAGCAGCAUAAUUUCUGAUUUAGAGCAUGCAGAUUCCUCGGUGCCUUCAGACUCAUCAUUUGUGGGCAUCCAUUGCCAGAUUGCCAACAAGAAGCAUCACUAUAUUUCUGCAUUGGCCGCAGGGGACAAACUAGCAAAUGACCUUCUGCAUCAGGGAGCAGAUGCCAUCCUUACAGCAGCCAAAGCCGCUGCCACCAAGGCUGUCAUGGAGGAGUAUGAGAUGAAGGUUUCUGGUGGGAAAGAGCAGGAAAAUGUUAGUGAUGGGUCAUCUGGGGAACCAACAGCCACAGUUCACUUUCACCAAAGUGAUGGAGAAGAUUAA